AUGUUCAAAUUUUCCGUUGUCCUGUUCGCCAUCAUUGCCUGUGCAGCUGCCAAGCCCGGUUUGGUUACACCUUUGGCUUACACCGCUCCAGCUGCUGUUGUUGCUGCAGCCCCUGCACCUUUCGUUACUGCCACCAGCAGCCAAUAUGUUGCCCGUAACUACAAUGGCAUUGCCACUGCUCCAGUUGUUGCUCCCGUUGCCGCUCCUGUUGUAGCCAAGACUUUCGCCGCCCCAGUCGCUGCUGCUUACACCACCCCAGUUGCCGCCGCCUACUCCACCCCAGUUGUUGCCAAGUACGCUACCACUUAUGCUGCUCCUUUCGGCUACUCUGCUCCUUUGACUUAUGCUGCUGCUCCAGCUCCAGUUUUCUUGUAA